AGGAACUUUUUCUGUGGCUCGGCAUAGAGCAGCUGAAUAAUCUGGUCGGACACGCAAACCUGCGUCUCUGGUCACGUUGAUGUAAAAUUCCUCAAGUUCGGCAUUGCGUGGAAACCCCAGGGUUCCCAUGGAAGCGUCCUAAUCUUUUAUAUGUGCACAGUGGUUACUGCAACUUUUUUUUACUGUGCUAGUUUUUGCUGAACUGCAGAGCAUAAGUGCAAGUUCAAAGUCGGUCAUGGCAGUGGCUACAGUGCGCGAGUGCUAAGCCUGUCAGAACAGUUGUUUACUGAUGUCGGUGGCUGGGAACUACGCUAGAACGGUCGCCUAGAGCUUUCUCCGUGGAUGCGUGCGCUCGUCUGAGUUCUUGCCGUGUCCUGAACGCACAAUGAGCUUGAAGCCCGGCAAGAAGGAUACCAAAAUGCGUAUCCGAGCAUUUCCUAUGUCUAUGGAUGAGAGGUAUGUCCAGAACAUCUGGGGUCUCCUGCGGAACGCCAUCCAGGAGAUACAGAAAAAGAACAACAGUGGGUUGAGCUUUGAGGAGCUGUAUCGCAAUGCAUACACCAUGGUGUUGCACAAACACGGAGAGCGUCUCUACACAGGACUGAGGGAGGUGGUUACGGAGCAUCUAGUGAACAAGGUUCGGGCAGAUGUCUUAGCCUCCCUGCACAACAACUUCCUCCAAACACUAAAUCAAGCCUGGAAUGAUCAUCAAACGAGUAUGGUCAUGAUCAGGGACAUUCUCAUGUACAUGGAUCGCGUGUAUGUACAGCAGAACAAUGUGGACAACGUGUACAACCUAGGCCUGAUCAUCUUCCGGGACCAGGUGGUGCGGUAUGGCAACAUCCGAGACCACCUCCGGGACACGCUCCUUGGCAUGGUCCAGCAAGAACGCAAAGGAGAAGUGGUUGACAGGCUAGCCAUCAAGAACGCAUGCCAAAUGCUUGUACACUUGGGCAUUGAUUCAAGGUCAGUUUAUGAGGAAGACUUCGAGCGGCCCUUCCUAGCCCAAUCUGCAGAAUUCUAUAUGGCAGAGAGCCAAAAGUUUCUGACUGAGAAUAGUGCGUGCGUGUACAUCAAGAAAGUGGAGCAGCGUAUCAAUGAAGAGGCUGAACGAGCAAAGCACUACCUGGACGAGUUCACCGAGGAGCUUAUUGUGCAGGUGGUUGAAAAGGAGCUGAUAACCAACCACAUGAAGACAAUUGUUGAGAUGGAGAACUCUGGUGUUGUGCAUAUGCUCAAGAAUCAGAAGACAGAGGACCUGGCACGGAUGUUCCGCUUGUUCAAUCGGGUCCAGGACGGCCUCAAGACAGUGGUGGACUGUGUGAGUCAGUAUCUGCGUGAGCAGGGCAAGUCGCUGGUGACUGAAGAGGACGGUGGAAAGGGGGACGCUCUGAGUUUUGUGCAGAACCUUCUGGACCUGAAGGACCGCUUCGACCACUUCCUGCACCACUCUUUCAAUGGUGAACGCCAGUUCAAGCAGAUGAUUGCUAGCGACUUUGAGUAUUUCCUCAACCUGAACCGCAAGUCACCCGAAUACCUGUCUCUGUUUGUGGACGACAAGCUCAAGAAGGGGUUGAAGGGCAUGACUGAGCAGGAGAUAGAGCAGGUGCUGGACAAAACCAUGGUGCUGUUUCGCUACCUGCAGGAGAAGGAUCUGUUUGAGCGAUACUACAAACAGCACCUGGCCAAGCGAUUGCUGCUGAACAAGAGCGUUUCUGACGACUCUGAGAAAAACAUGAUCUCCAAGCUCAAGACUGAAUGCGGUUGCCAGUUUACCUCUAAAUUGGAAGGCAUGUUCAAGGACAUGUCAGUAUCAAAUACAAUGAUGGAUGAAUUCAAAGCUGCUGUGGCCUCUUCAAAUAUGAACUUGUAUGGAGUGGACCUGAAUGUGCGUGUGCUCACUACAGGGUUCUGGCCCACCCCUGCUUCUACACCUAAAAGCAACAUUCCCACAGCCCCUCGAAAUGCUUUUGAGGCUUUCCGCAGGUUCUACCUGGCCAAGCACAGUGGCCGGCAGCUGACCCUGCAGCCACAGCUAGGCUGGGCGGAUCUGAACGCGGUGUUCUAUGGGCCACGCAAGGAGGAGAAUGAAGCGUCGUCGUCUUCCCUGGGGAGCCUGGCUGCUGGUGCACCGCGCAAGCAUGUCAUCCAGGUGUCUACGUAUCAGAUGUGUGUACUGAUGCUCUUCAACAGUCGGGACCGGCUGCUCUACGAAGAAAUUGCCUCCGAGACGGACAUCCCUGAAAAGGACCUGGUGCGUGCACUUCAGUCGUUGGCCAUGGGAAAGCCCACGCAGCGCAUCCUCAUCAAAAGUCCAAAGACAAAGGAGAUUGAGCCAAGUCACACAUUUACUGUCAAUGACUCCUUCACUUCCAAAUUGUACCGAGUCAAGAUUCAAGCAGUUGCAGCAAAGGGGGAGAGCGAGCCUGAGAGGAACGAAACAAGGAGCAAGGUGGACGAAGACCGAAAGCAUGAGAUAGAGGCUGCCAUUGUGAGGAUAAUGAAGGCACGGAAGAAGCUGUCGCAUAAUGUCCUCGUCACUGAGGUGACUAGCCAGCUGCGGUCCAGGUUUUAUCCCAGUCCUGUAGUCAUCAAGAAGAGAAUUGAAGGCCUUAUAGAGAGGGAAUACCUAGCCAGGACUGCUGAAGACAGGAAGGUGUACACCUACGUGGCGUGAAAUCUGGAGUGCUGGAAUUUGUGGAAAGAUGGGCACCGGUGCCUGUGGCUGCAGAUGUACGGUUAUUUAUUGGAGCUGAGGAAAUGGGCUGAGUCACAGCAAAACUGCUGGCACAAGUGCAGCUGGAAGGAAGACCUGUUCUGGCAGCCCUCAUUCUCCCUUCUUUGGUCACUGCUGCCGAGAAAAGAAAAAAAAGAAAUGUCCUCCUUUCUUUUCUUUGCAUUUCAUUCCACAAUGAGAGGUGGAGAUGCCUUCAACUGUUCUUUGCUUUUCAAUAUCUUAGUUUUAUGGAGGGGCUCACGUGGGUUUUCUUUGAGCUUUCUCUGGGCGCACAUGGGAGGCUAGGUUUUUUUUUGCAAAUGGAAAGGCUUACUGACAUCAAAGGAUGCCUGCUCUGUUCAGGCGUAGAUAUGUCACAUAAGUGUGCCGUCAUUUGAAUGCUCCGAUUGAUGUCCACAUCAAUUUCUGCUCACUCCGACGACGGCCACAUCUGUAGAGGCGCUCUUAAGUAAGGUUAAAUGUGGGACAUAAAUCUGUACAGCCUGUGCAUAAUUGGACACAUAAUUUUGUCUGUUUGCGUGCCUGUCUGCGUGCAUGAAUAAUUGCGUCUAUUUCUCUUUGUGCUGUGUUCAGUUAGCACGUAAGGUGCCUCCCUUUAUAUUAGCUUAUACAAGCUAUUUAUUCUGUUUUUGUGCAGCCGUUAGGCAAUGCUGUUUCCAUGAGUGGGACACAAGGGUUUUUUUUUUUUCGCCCUUUGUUUUGUUUUUCUUUUUUUAAUUGUGAGAGUUGUGUCCAGUUUCAAGCAGUGUGUAGUAUGUCGUGGUUUUUACGGUGAGAUCAUGAUCAUGAUACGUCACUACUGUGAGAUAAAAAGCUGUGACCUCCGUGUGAAGUUCUAUGAUGCAAAUGUCCCUGCCACAUUGCCUAGUUGAAAGUUAUAGGUACAGUUGCUAGUUGAGGGAAUAAAUGGGGUUGGGUGAAAGGCCUAGGCACCAAAGAAGCAUUGCCGUACGAGUUUGCAUUGCCAGCGCCGAGAAAGUGUGUGCAUGUGUUUGACUGAGGGUCAAUGCCUUCUUAUUUGGACAGUCUGUCACAACAGUGUACAUUUCCUUUUUUUUUCCCCUUUCUGCUGUACACUACUGUAUGUACAGAAGGAACCUAGCUUGCACCACUGGGUGUCUCGAGUAUGAUUUUGCAGGCACGUUUUUCAGAUUGUGUGCUGCCACAGGAGUGUAUCACCCCAUGAGCCUUUCAUUGGCCUCCCAGUUGGGGAAAUGGGGUGCCGUUUUUUAAUGCCUUCAUUUAUUGUUGUACAUAGCAUUAUGUGAUGUACAUAAAUUGUGUCAGUAAAGAAUUUUUCUUCCUUC